AUUUCCCUUGCAACCAUUCGUUUUUGAUGCCUGUUUUCUCCUUGUAAAUAAGCCAGUCACCAAUCACGAUAUAUUCUUCUGAUCUGACUGUUAGAUACAGCGGUUACAUCGGCGAGCCAGUCAGGGCGCGUGCUUGUCCUUCAAGGAGUAUAAAAUUUGUGAGCUCCUUUCUUCAAGAUCCAGCGGGGGGUCACUUGCUCUCGAUCCUCUUCUUCCUCCCUUCUUCUUGCAUUCUGUUGCAGUAUUCUUUUUUGGCCUGUAACGCGUUGGACUCGCCCCCCCCCUCUCUCAUAUUCUUUCUUUCAUUGACCGCAAACCAUACCCGGGAAACUUGUACCUCCGACGAUGGAAAGUCCUCGAUUGUCUGACACAGGUACUCCGGGGGAGCUUUAUUCUCCGGUAUGCGUGGACACGCCGGCUACGCAAUCAUCUGUUCUGUUCGAUGGAAACCUGGAGGAACUAUUGCGCAACUUUCCUUUGGAUCAGUACAUCCUAGUCACCGGAGGACUGGGGUUCAUUGGAAGUCACACAACAUUGGAGCUUUUGAAGGCCAAUUACAAUGUAGUGGUGAUCGACAACCUUAGUAACUCCUUUCGAGAGGUCUUGGACCGCAUCUCCCUACUAGCGUUCAAGCACCACGAACUGCACGGCACCAAAAUGCCCGAGCUGCAUCUGCAUGCCCACGAUUUUCGGGACACUGUCGCGCUUAAGGGCCUGCUGGAACAAUACCAGGUGAAGUCACGGUGGGGGACACCCAAGUCCAAGAUAUCGGGCGUCAUUCACUUCGCAGCCUAUAAAGCCGUCGAGGAGAGUAUCCGGAGUCCCUUGAAAUAUUACGCCAACAACGUGAGCGGUUUAAUCGACUUCGCCUCCACGCUGGGCGACUUCGGCAUCAAGACUUUCAUCUUCUCCUCGUCUGCUACGGUGUACGGUACAUUAGCAACUUCUGGCCUCCCACUGAGGGAAGAGCUGUGCGUCCACAAGAAAGAAGCCUUUCAUGAUGACGACGGCUCUGAGCGUGCCAUCCAGUCAGGAUGCACGGGCAUCACCAACCCCUAUGGACGCACCAAGUGGAUGUGUGAGGCCAUUCUGGCUGAUCUAGCCGCGUCGGACCCGGAAUGGACCAUCGUCGCUCUGCGAUACUUCAACCCCAUCGGCUGUGACGAGUCGGGUCUUCUAGGCGAGGACCCCCGCCAGGUCCCGACGAAUCUUCUUCCAGUCGUCGUCAAAGUUAUGACAGGCCAGUACAGCGAGCUACAGAUGUUCGGCACCGACUGGGAAACGGCGGAUGGGACCGCCGUCCGCGACUUUAUUCAUGUCACCGACCUGGCUCGAGGUCAUAUCGCCGCCCUGAGUACCGCCAAUGAGGGUAAACUUGUCGAGAACUUCCGCACCUUCAACCUUGGGACGGGUCGGGGUCAUUCGGUAAUGGAGGUGGUAGACACUAUGGAAAGGGUGUCAUCAAAGCGCAUCCCAACGAAGGCCGCCAGCCGCCGUGCGGGGGACGUUGGAUCCUGCGUCGCCGUGGCUUCCAGGUCCCAAGCGGAGCUCCAGUGGCAGACAGAGAAGACACUGACCGACGCAUGUGUCAAUCUUUGCAGUUUCUUAGAUGUCAGCGGUCUCUCUUCGUGAGAGUUAUGCAUUUAAUACGUUGGUUAUGGAUUCAUGGGUGGCGCCCGGUGGUACUUGAAUUUUCCUUUUGUCUUUUCUUUACCUUCUCAGACACUUCACUUGGCCCACUGCAUCACAAGACUCCAAUAUUUUUAUAGUUUCUAUAACCUGUUACACCAUUGACGACAAC